UUCCUGGUCUAGAGGGCGUUGCAUCGCUUGACAGAUACAUAGUUCAUAGAUUUCACAGCUAGACAGCAAGAUACAGGGAAGAAGAGAGGGAGAAAAAACAGACAGCGUUCAAAGAAAGACAAAUUCCUGCCUCAAGGAGACUACAGGACAGUCUGUCACAUAGCUUCAUGCAUGGCGGGCAACAGCUUUGAGGCCGAGUUCCUACAGACUCACAAUGCAUAUCGCAAACAGCAUGGAGCGCCUCCCCUCACCAUAAACAAAAACCUGUGCCGCACCGCACAGGCAUGGGCGGAGCAUCUGUUGUCAAUCAAGACCCUCAAACACAGCAACAAGGACUACGGAGAAAAUCUGUAUUAUGCUUGGAGUUCAGCCACCAAAAAACUGACAGCAUACUCCUGUCCAUUCACAGUCCAGUUGUUGCCAACCGCCUUGCGAUCCAAUCGUCUUGCCAUCCUCCAUCCCCACUCGGUCCGACCCGGAUUUAACUCCAAAACAGGUCACUUCACGCAGGUGGUGUGGAAGGACACUAAGGAGGUGGGAGUUGGACUGGCCACUGAUGGGAGCACAACUUUUGUGGUGGGCCAGUACCUACCAGCAGGAAACAUCACAAAUGCGGGUUAUUUUGAAAAAAAUGUCCUACCGGCAGGCACCAAAGUAGAUUUGAAGUCCACUGGUACGACUGACAAAGUGGGGCAGGUGCAUGGGGCUUCAGGCGUUCAUUCAAACAAAGCUCCCUCAGUUCCUCGCAGUACUGAAAUAUCACCACCAGGGGGCCGAGGGGAGCAUCAUGUGCGAAGCAGCUUAAAGGCUGACAGCAACUUUGAGGCUGAGUUCCUGCAGACUCACAAUGCAUAUCGCAAACAGCAUGGAGCCCCGCCCCUCACCAUAAACAAAAACCUCUGCCGCUCCGCACAGGAGUGGGCCGAACACCUGCUGUCAAUCAGGACCCUCAUGCAUAGUAAUGGAGAGUAUGGGGAGAAUGUGUAUUACGCUUGGAGCUCAGCUAACAAAAAACUCACAGGACAUGAGGCAGUGGAAAGCUGGUACAGUGAAAUUAAAGACUACAACUUCAGCAGGCCUGGAUUCACCUCCAAAACAGGUCACUUCACACAGGUGGUGUGGAAGGACACGAAGGAGGUGGGGGUUGGAGUAGCCACUGAUGGGAACACAACUUUUGUGGUGGGUCAGUACUUACCGGCAGGAAACAUCAGCAAUGCUGGAUAUUUUGAAAGAAAUGUCCUCCCAGCAGGCUCCAAGGUAGACUUCAAAACCACCCCGUCUGCUGACAGAGUUGGACAAGCAUUUGCUGCACUCAGUAUCAAGUCAAACCAAUUGCCUUCAUCGUCUCACAGUUCUGGACCAGCACCCUAUAAGAGUCCACAGAGCAGCAGCUCAGAAGGUGAGAACUUGUCCCAGUUUCGUCAGUCUCUCCUUGACACUCAAAAUGAUUACCGACGACAACAUGGAGCACGGCCUCUGUCACUGUGCCCCAUCCUCAGUAAAGAGGCUCAGGAUUGGGCAGCACAUCUGAUAAGCAUUAACGCCCUAAAGAACAGCAGUAAAGGUUAUGGAGAGACUAUGUCAUACAAAUGGACAUCCACCAUGGUCCCUCCAACAGGAAAAGAGGUUGCUGAAUCAUGGUACAAGGAAAAUGUGAAGUACAACUUUUCAGCCCCUGGCUUUCAGAGUGGAACUGGUAAUUUCACCCAGAUGAUCUGGAAGUCUACUGAGCAGGUUGGGGUCGGCCUGGCAUCAGAUGGAAAGGGCAAAUUCAUCACUGUGGCCUUUUACAAACCUUCUGGCAACAUCACCAACCCUGGCUACUUCCAGGAUAAUGUCAAACCUGCUGGGAGAUGAUUUGUUGAAUAAGAAACAUUAAGUAGGUCUUAUGUAUUUUACUAAUGCAAUUUUUAAGAAAUAAUUCAAGAUAUUAUUUUACGUUAACAGAAAGUCUGAAUAUAUUCUAUAUACAAAAACAGUUCAGAAUUUACAGCUUAUGCAUCUUUUAUUUUGUAUACUUUUUUUUUGCUUGGGUCUGGUAUAUUUAUACUCUUUUGCUGAGGUGGUAGUCAUUCCUUCAUUGUGAUAAGAGAUUGUGACUUAUAAUAUAUAGGAACAUGAUGAAAUCGUGAACAUGAUGAAAUCGUGAAUGUUGAAAUCAAAAAUAUAUUUUUGAUUAAAUUAUACAAAUGCUAA